GGAGAAAGCAGGAGACAGGAGACAGGAGACAGGAGGGUGUGAGUCUCAAAGCUGUUCAUCAAGAAGCUGCCCCAACCAGCAAACAGACAUGGACUUUGAUGCUGGCAUUGCACUGCACGGUCGGUGAAGAUUGCAUGCAAGCAGGAAAAAGACAAUGUAACUGCAUCAACAAGAAAGCAAGCUUGUCUUUGGACGUGCUCAGAUGUGUGGCAAAUGGAGCUGAAAAACUACCACUACCUUUUUCCAGAUAAAAGCUUCAAUCUUCGAUGAUCACCCACGUUUGAAAGUAGAGAGCGAACAAAGGCGACGGCAAAAUGGUGUUUGAAGCGCAGCUUGUUAGCGUGCUGCAGAGGUACUUGGGCACUUAUGUCCAUGGCCUCAGCAGGGAGGCGCUGUCCGUCAGUGUGUGGAAGGGUGAUGUUGAGCUGCGGAAUCUCAAACUCCGAGCGGAGGCGCUGAACGCCCUCGACCUGCCCAUCAGCGUAAAGGCGGGCUUCCUUGGCAGCAUCACCCUGAAAGUUCCCUGGAAUCGCUUGGGACAGGAGCCCGUGAUCGUGCUGCUGGAUCGCAUCUUCCUCAUAGCAGAGCCGUACACAGGCGCGGAACGUGCUCGGGUGGAUCCGGACGAGGAGGACGUUCCAGCGGUGUUUGAGUCGAAGCGGCGGAGGAUUGAGGAGGCGGAACUGCAGUACGUCAAGAAGAAGGGCAAGGCGACCGCAGAGGCGCAACAAAACUCCGGGUGGCUCCAGGGCCUGAUCUCCACUAUCGUUGGCAACUUGAAGCUGUCGGUGACCAAUGUGCACGUUCGCUACGAAGAUGGCACCAGCAAUCCUGGUCACUUCUUCGCCAUGGGCUUCACUCUGGCCAAAUUGGCGGCAGUCACUGUGGACGAGGAAGGAAACGAAACCUUCGCUACCAGCAACGCCCUGGACCGAUUGCGCAAGUCCGUGGAGAUGUCCCGGUUGGCAGUGUACGCCGACCCCGACUCGGAGCCGUUCCGCGUGCGUAAGCCCUGGGGCGAGCUCACCGCCGACGAGUGGGCCGCCAUCUUCGAGCGCGGCAUUCGCGACGACGAGUCGCUGGCGGCGCCCGUGGCCGUGUUGGAGCAGAGCGGGAGAAGCGAAGGUGACGAAAGGCGGCCUCUGCGGCACUACCUGCUGCGCCCCGUCAGUCUCGGGGCCCGCUACAGCAAGCUGUCCAGCCAGGAGAUUGAGCGGCGGCCGGACGUACCGUUGCACAUGGCGUCGGCGACGCUGCAAGACGUCACGCUGACGUUGGAGCAGGCCCAGUUCCGCGACGCAAUGAAGCUGCUGGAGUCGUUCAACAAGUACAGCAAGCUGCAGAAUGUGGCGCACCUGCGGCCGCGCAAGAAAGUGCGCGAGGACCCGCGCGCCUGGUGGCGCUUCGCCCUCAAGGGCGUCAAGCAACAGGUGCUCAAGCACAGAGCCACGCUUGACUGGCAGGACCUGGUCCAUUUAGCGCAUCUCCGCCGCAAGUACAUCCCGCUGUACGGACGCCUGCUGACAUCAGCGCAGCCUGGGCAGAACGUGGGCGACAACUCGGACAUCAAGGCCAUGGACCGGGAGAUCCCGGUCGAGACCGCCGCUCUGUGGCGAAUCAUCGCCCACAAACAGGCGGACCAGGUCGCUCGAAGGCGCGCCCAGGAGGAGGCGGAGCGGCGGCAGGAGGCGUCCAAGUCGUGGUGGAGCUACCUCGGAUUCGGCGGUGGAGGCUCCAAGGGCCAGGUAGAGCGCCCCGAGGCCCUGUCCGAAGCGGAGUGGGCAAAGAUCCAACAGCUGGUGGGCUUAGACGAGCCCGGGGCGGCCAACCUGGCCGCAAUGUACGGCCAGGAAGGGCCCAACAUGCUCCAGGUGGCACUUGACGUCACGUUCCACCGCAGCCAGGUCCGGCUGCUCGGGAGAGCGGAAGACGACGAAGUUCUGAGGCUGGGGAGCGAGGGGUUCCUGGUUGGGGCGCGAGUGUACCCCCAGAUGAAAGUCGCGCGAAUUGGACUGGAGCGAUAUGGGGUGCACGUGCCAGAGGGGAAGCUGCUGCAGAGUAUUCUAAGGAAGGACGUCAAGGAGACGGUGUCCCUCGAGUUCGUCCUCGCCCCAUUAAACCGUUCCGACCUCGACUGGUCCCUAGCCGCCACGUGUGCCCCCGCCCACAUCACCAUCUGGCGCGCCAGCGUCGACCGCGUGCUCGACUUCUUCCAGGCCGGGCGGGCCGCCAGCCCGGCAACGGUGCAAGACACAGCUGCGGCACUGCAGGUGAAACUAGAGGAGGCGAGGAAGAGCGCCACGCAGCAACUUCAGGCGGCGAUGCAGCAGAAACCCCGCUUCAGUAUCGACCUGGACCUGGAUGCCCCCAAGGUGGCGAUUCCCACCAGCUAUCUUGCGGACGGGGGAGGUAACACGCAGCUGCUGGUGGACCUCGGACACUUUACCGUCCGUACGGACGACGAUCCGACAGACCUAUCCAAGGAAGAGAUCGACCUGUACACCCGCUUCAAGCUCAACGCCACCGACAUCUCCGCCUUUCUCAGCGACGGCGACUGGGACUGGGAAGCCCGGGCUCCUCUUCACGAAGCACCCGAGUGCAAGACAGGGGAAGACAACCAACCGGGUGGUCGCCUCGAAGAGGAGGCCGAAGGUUCUACGUCUAGAACGAGUGGGGAGGAGACCCCGGGCCAGCAGACGGAAGGCCCCACUUCGAGAGUGCUCUCGUUACUGGACAACACUGGGCUAACUGUAGCCCUUCAUCAGAUCUUCAUGCCCCACCCGCGGUAUCCGACCACCCGGGUGGCCCUCCGCGUCCCGCUGCUCGGCUUCCACUUCUCCCCCGCCCGCUACCACCGACUGAUGGCCGUCGUGGAUGCCGUGCUGCCCAAGAGCGAGCCCGAACAAAAGCUGGACGAGCGCGCGGAGAAAGAUGGGGAGCUGCGGCCGUGGGGACCGGCCGAGCUGGAGGGCCCCGUGCACGUCCUGAGAUGGGAGGGCCUGACCCGCACGCAAGCCACGUGGAAGCCCGCCUGGGGUCUCUUGGCGGGCGUCUACCUGUACCUUCUCGAUCACAAAGACGCCGACACGUACAUGCACUACACCGGCCUGAUCGGGAAGCAGGUUCGGGACGUGCCCCCGGACAAGAUCCAAGGGUGCGAGCACGUGGUCGCGGUGAUGGACCCCGGGGCGUCCGUCGACAGCAUCGCCCAGGCGACGAACGCGGUCGUCCUGCGCUUUGACUCGGAGGCCCGCAAGGAGCAGUGGAAGGCGGCAAUGCAGAACGCCGUCUACCGGGCGUCCGCCCCGGCCGCCCUCACCCUCCUUAGCGGCGACUCUGGCAGCGAGGAAGGCAGCGAGUUCGACGCCGCGAGCCAACCCGAGCACGAAGUGACGCCCGGAGGGAUCCCCCCGGGGCGUGCCAACACACCAGAGGGCAGGCUGGUCGAAGCAGUCGUGGAAAAGGCGAGUGACCGGGAGGAGCUGAACCCGGCACUGCAGCAGAACGUGUUCUUAGUCGGAGUGCUAGACGUUCUGCGGGUGGACGUGGACGGGUCCCGAAACGGGGGAGAAGAGUUUCCGCUGUUACAGGUGCGGGCGUCGGGCACCCGGGUGGAAAUGGUACAACGAAUGUACGAUAUGUCGGUUGGAAUGGUGCUCCAGUCGGUGGAGAUUGAGGAUUUGUUGCACGGGGGAACGGCCCCCGAGUGCCGCUUCCUGGCCCGGUCGUUUUUGGCGGCGCGGGAGGAUCUAGAUCGGAGCAAAAGCGAAGAGGCGCAAGCGCUGGAGGCGCUGGAGAAGGAGUCGGGCUGGGAUAAGGUCGACGAUGAGGGGGGAUCUAGAAGAAGUGGGAGAGAGGAGAGCGGGAAAGGCGGAGAGGGGGCGGGAAGAGGACCAGAGGAAGGCAGCGAGAGGAAAGAACGGACCAGUGGGGGCAGGCCGCCCCGUGCAGAGGGGGGAAAGAGGGGGGCUGCGACCGAAAGUACCGCAACUAGGUCGGAAGGAGAAGGCGAUCCCAGCAGAGACCCUAUGAACAACGCGAGUGAAGCAGAGGAGGAAACCGCCGGAAGCCGCAACACGGAGAGAGCCGAGGAAGGAAUGCAAAGCCCCAGGACGCCGAAGGGCGAGGUGGAAAAGCUUGACGGAGACGACUUUUACGACGCCGCAAGCACCCUCUCCCGCUCAGACAGUUCCAGGUCUGGUCGUUCCGUUCGUUCCGGUCGGUCACCCAGCCUGGGUCCCCGGACCGUGUCCAGUCAUGGCAGCGUUUACUUCGACGCGCCGGAGGGGGGCGCCAGCCCGAGGGGCCGCAGACUGGAGCUGCUCCCCCCCUCGUUCAAGGAGAGCGGGAUUCUGAAGUUGGAGGAGAAGGAUGACCAGGAGGAGACCGGCGGAAAGGGGAGCACGUUCGUGAAAGUGGUGGCGAUUAUGCGCCAGACGCAGAGUCCGGAGUAUAGGGGAGUGGAUACACAAGUGGUGCUAGACAUGGCAACGCUCGACUUCUUUUUCAACCGCCCGACGGUGCUGGCGUUGAUGGAUUUUGUGCAGCAGAUCACGGAACCCCCCAAAGGCGAAGAGGGCGAAGCUGGGCCCCUGGAUAAGGGGAAACAGAAAGUGGGGGGUGAGGAAGAGAGGCGAAAGGAGGGGAGGGAACACGAAGGGGCAGAAUCAAAGGAGGGGCCGGCGGAAGGAGAGGAUAAGGAAGCGGAAAAAGGAAAAGACGAGGGCGAGGAAAGCAAGGGGACCGUUGUCAGCAAGUUCGAACCGGCGGCGCUGGAACCGGGCAAGUCUACGGAGAAGCCGGCGGUCAUAAGCGGGCUGCUGGGGCAUGGAAAAAGCCGGGUGAUCUUCGGGCUUGAAGUGCGCAUGCAACGGGUGCAGGUGGUUUUGAAUCAGGAUCAGGGGGGGAUCCCUUUAGGCGUCCUAGCGAUGCUGGACUUGUCCAACGAAGUCCGCGUCUUCCCGUCGUCGUUUGCGGUGAAAGCCGAGCUUGGGUCCUUGAGGAUAAGCGAUGCGCGCCUGGGGGAGGGGCACCCGUACGGGGAAAUGUUUGGAAUGCAGAGCGCCGCCGGGGGGUCGUUCAUCAUGGCGAGCUUUGAGUCGUACGACCCGGGGGAAGACGAGUACUUCGGCUACGACUAUAGCUUAUGCGUACGGCUGGCGGCGGUGCGCACGGUUAUACUGUACCGCUUCGUGCAAGAGCUCAGCGCAUACUUCAUGGAUCUCAUUCCGCCCGGGACGGGAGCGGAAACGGAAAAGCAGCUGCGGGCGACGGUCGCGGGGGUGGAGCAGUGGAUCCAGCAGUCGGACGUGCACGGACAGCCCGCGAUCCAGUUGGACGUCCAAAUGGAGAGUCCGGUGAUUCUAAUGCCAGAGUGCAGCGAUAGUAAGGACUACAUCGAGCUAGCGAUUGAGCGGAUAGCGCUGAAUAACGAGGCGCAAUGGAAGGGCGGAGAGGGAGAGGAGGAUAUGGCGGCCGUUAGGUUAGACGUGAUGACGCUGAGCAUAGAGGGGCUGGGGGUGCGCGUCGGGGGGGAGGGCGGUCAGGUCGGGCACGAGAUUGUGGAAGAGGCGUCGGGACUGCAGGUGGUUGCAGUACGGCCGCUGCGCGACGUCCUGAAGCAGGUUCCCGCGAUCGACAUCACGGUCGCGGUGGACAAGCUCAAGGCCGGAAUGGCCAGCUCCGAGUACCAGGUGGUUUCCCGGGUCGCCUUAACCAACCUCAGUGAGGAACCCCACCUACCGCCCAAGCUGCGCAACGCCGAAAACGAGGCGCCAGCUCCUGGGGGUCAGCAGACCGCGGCAGAUCAAGCCCCCCAAAACGAGAUUGUCGAGGCGGGAGGGACGGGGCUUUUGCCAGAGGAUGAGGAGAAGCUGCAGGAAGUGGAAGGGGGGGUGGGCACGGGUGGGGAAAGUGGGGGGGCAGAAAAAAAGGGGCAACCCUGGGCGAGCGUGCGGUUGACGGUGGACGUCCGGAGCGUGGAGGUGGAGCUGUACACUUCGGACACGAGAGAGACGUCGCUGGCGCUCGUGCAGAUGGAGGGCCUGUGGGCGGCCUACCGAAUGACGACCAGCCAGGUGUCUGUCAUCAACGCGUCCCUGCUGCGCCUCCACCUGCUCGACCUCCGCGACUCCACCGACGACUCGAUGCGCUUCCUCGUCGGGAGCACCGUCGAUGUCGACCCAGACCACCCCCUGCACGCGGGCGCCGAAGCAGCAGAGGGAUCCCCCUUGCUGACGCUGCUCGUCGUGGACGCCCAAAUCGCGCCGGACAGCAUAACCGUCAGCGUCCGGCUGCAGCGUCCGCGAGUACUGGUUGUCGUCGACUUUCUCCUGGCGGUGUUCCAGUUCUUCAUCCCCCACAUGGCGAUGCUCCCUGGCGGGGGGGUCGCGGACGAGGGCAAGGCGCAGAAGCUGGACCCCCUAGGGACGCAGCACGAUAUUCGGCUCCGUGGGGGGGUGUACGAGCAGUCGGAAGAAGAGCUGGCGCUGUCCCCCGGGCGGCAGCUGGUGGCGGAUCGCCCCGGGGUGGCGGAGUACGUUUACGACGGAAAGGGGGGGACGCUGGUGCUGAAGGAUCAGGAGGGGGAGGUGCUGCAUAAGCCCCCUGCGACCCCCCUGAUCAUCAUCGGCCCGGGGAAGAAUCUGAGAUUCCGCAACGUGACGAUCAAGGGCGCUGCGUUCCUGGACUGGUCGGUCCAGCUGGGCGCUUGUAGCCGCUACACAGUAGAAGAAGCGGACGGUGUCACGCUGGAGGCGAGCCGGCAGGCCAUCGCGCAAGCCCACGAGGUGCCCCGCUCCGAGCAGCGCCUGACCAAGAGGGUGCAGAAGGGGCCGGAAGAAGUGGCUCAGGCGAAGCAGCAGCAGCAGAGCCCGCCAGUGAAAAUGUUGGUGCAUGCCCAAAUAUACAGCCCGGAGCUGACGUUCUACGACAGCACCCCCUGGCCAUCGGGCACGGUCGUCCGGCCGGAGCGCCUGCUGAGGCUCAAGAUGGACGCGCAUGCGACGUUGUCCAUGCGCGGCAACGACAUGUGGGCGCGGGGUCUCAUCAACGGGCUGACUGUGGAGGCCAGCAACGGUGUCAGCGUGGUGGAGCCUCUGACUGCCACGGCGGAACUGACGACCACCGGAGGGAAGCAGCUGCUGGCAGUGGCCCUGAGCCCGGUGGCGGUGCACCUGUCGUUCACGACGCUGCGCCUGCUGCUGCGGCUGCAGGCAGACAUCCUGGAAACGCUGCAGCUGACGUCCAGCCAGUUCACCGUCAAGUGCACGCAGUUUGACAGGAUCUGGCUCGGCAAAGGAAAUGCUGAGUUGCCGUCUAGCCGCCCGCUCUCUGUCUGGCGGCCACGUGUGCCGCCCGGUUAUGCCAGCCUGGGGGACUGCCUCGUCACAGGGCCCACUCCCCCGUCCAAGGCAGUCCUCGCCCUGAGCACCGCUUUCAGCCGCACGCGCAAACCGGUCCGCCUGGAGCGCGUUUACACCAGCCCCACCCCAGCGAGCGAAGAAGGGACCGGUGACGAUCCGGAAGAAUGCUACAGCAUCUGGCGCCCGGUAGCUCCCCCCGGUUACGUCACUCUGGGGUACCUGGUGGAAAAAGGCACCCGGCAGCCUCCCCCUGGCGUGGUGUGGUGCGCUCGGGAGGACCUCGUGACGACGGCGGCCGUGGGGGACUGCUUGUUCAGCCAAGCUGGCGGCAGCCCCGAUCGCCCGCCCCUCAGCCUGUGGCACAUCGAGAACAGUGCCGGAACAUUUGUUCUCCUGGAUCGCCCCGGCCCCGCACCUGAGGACGCCGCCUUCGAUCUCCGAGACAUGCUGCGCUUUGUCAGUCUAGGCCAGGCUGCCCCCCGACCUGACGCUCCGCCCCCGGGAGGAGGCGCCGGGCUCUCGCGGCUGCCCUCCCGGCAAGGCGCGACGGGCGGGGCGUCUUCUUUACCGUCGCUGGAGGACGGGGACGAAGCGGAAGACCCGGCGAUCGCUGAGAGGCGCAAGGUUUACCAAGUGGUGGCGGAGCUGCGGCGGGUGUGGUGGAGCAAGGGGAUCCCCGGGAUCAAGCCCGUGUCCAUCUGGCGGCCCGUGCCGCCCGCCGGGAGUGCUAUCUUUGGGGACGUUGCCGUGACAGGCUUCGAGCCCCCCGCCCAAGGCCUCACCGUCGUGGACGAAGGCUCCGACCGGUGGGCUUCUCCCGAGGACUACGACCUCUGUAUCGUCUUCCCCCACCCCAACUCAAAACACGCGGUGUCCAUUUGGUGGCCCCGAGCGCCGCCUGGUUACCACGCCCUGGGCUGUGUGGCUUGCCCCGGUACUCAGAAACCGGCCACGUCGCUGGUGCGCUGUGUCCGGAGGGACCUCCUGAGGCCGGUCGGGACCGCUUCCCCGCCGCUCAUGGACACGUUUGGCGUGCGGGGCCUGCCGGAACUGGGGCUGUGGCGGGUGCAGAAUGAGAUGAACACGUUCCUGGUGGGCCCGGACCAUGACCCCCCUCCACCGUACAAGGCUUUCGCUCUCAAGGACCUGUCAAGUGACCGGCCCCCCGACACGCUCGCACUUGAAGCCAAGCUCGGGUCGGUGACGCUCACGGUCUACGACGACUUCGGCGGACUGAUGACCCCGUUGCUGGAGGCGGGUCUGCGCACUUCCCAGGUGACGGUGCACGGUCGCCCCGAAAUGCUGAACGCGGUCGUGGCCACAGCAGUAGCGGCGGCGACCUUCAACCCUGGACUGGACGUCUGGGAGCCGGUCAUCGAGCCCUGGGAGGCCAUGGUCAGGUGCGAGUACGUGAACGACCCGUCGGAGCUGUCCCUCCCGGGCGUCACCCGGCUGCGGCUGUCGGCCAGCAGCGCCGUAAAUGUGAACGCGAGCAGCGCCACCGUCAGCACGCUCGUCGAGGCCGUGGCAGCAUACAACAAGGUGACGCAGAUGGAGGAGGACGCAAAGAAGGAGGGCCAGAAGCGCGUGCUGGAGAAGGGCAAACUGACAAUCGAGCGGUCGGCCCUGGAUCAGAAGAGCAAGGCGGCCGUCGCCGUGACGAACCAACUGGGGCGCGACAUGUGGGUCCGUGUGGUAGAGUCGUCCUCGGAGGAGUCUACCGGGAAGGUUGUGCGCCUGCCGAGCGGUCGGGAGACGCGGGUGGCGCUUCCUCCGCCCCAGACGCUCCAGAGGACGAGCUCUAGCAGGAGCUCCGCUCUGCUGCCCAGCGAGCGGAACGGAACGGAGCGGCUGCUGCCAAAGACGAGGCGGUUCGCGGCUGUGCGCGUCGGCAGCGCAGAGGGCCUUCCUCCAGCCAGCAGCGUCAACACCCAGGAGUUCCUCUCCGCCCUUCGCCUCGUCACUGCCGGCCUUCCGGCUUCCGGUUCCGCUUCCCCCGCCCUCGGCCGCCACUUCGUCGAACUGCUACAACACCAGAGCGCGCGCACGCGCUGCGUCGUCGGCCGCCCAAACCCCGAAACCCCGGACCUUUUGGACGUCCGCUGGGACGAGGUGUUCGUGUUCGAGCUUCCGCCGGAAGGGGAGGCGUCCGUCGAUCUCGUCGUGACGAACCAGGGCGCGAACGGCGGCCGCGGCGCGGUCGUUGGGGGAACCAGCGUUCCCGUGCCGCAGAGUAACGUGAAAGACGCGCCGGAAUGGUUUACGCUGAGAACUAGCGAUGGCGAGGAGAACGGGCGCGUGAGCGUCGCGGUGCAACUGGUGGGGCUGGAGAAGGGGGAGGGGUCGGGUGGGGAGAAGUGGAAGAGAGGGAAGAGAGUGCAGAGCAAAGAGGAAGGGCCCAGUGGGCUUCAACUGGGGCUCGGAGAGGACGGGCCGUGGAGCUCGCUGCGGUCGGUGAUUCCGGUCGGGGCGUUUGUGAGAACAGUAGGGGGAAUGCAGAUCGUAGUACAGGUGGACAUGGCCAAUGGUCGCAAGCACGUGACGCUGCGCAGCCCCGCCGUCCUCUUCAACGACAGCACGGUUUCCCUGGAAGCGUCGGUCGUGCCGCGGGCAUUGCGCGACGCGGAUGACGAAGAGAGCGACACUGCGGCGCCACAGGGGUCUCAAGGCGACCGGGACAUCACGGGGCCUCUGGAGGUGGAAGAGGAGAUCUUCGAGAACGAGCGCCUGAUUCCAUGUGUGGGCUGGGGCAAUGCCUUCUUGCCGACGGACCCGGGCCAUUGGACGAACCGGGACAACACCCAGUCCGAGCCCGAGUUCAAGGACCCGCCGCUUCCCCCCGGGUGGGAGUGGGCUGGCGACUGGCAGCUCGACACGUCCGGCAACGUGGAUUACGAGGGCUGGGCAUACGCAUGCAACUUCAGCCAGCUUCGGCGGUGGCCCCCCCGGAGCCCCAAGUACAAGUUCAAGAAGUGCUUCGAUUUUGUGCGGCGGCGGCGGUGGGUGCGCGUGCGGCGGCGCGUGCUGGACGAGUCGCUCGCGGGGAGAGUGAGCUUGGGCGUGGUGGCCGCGGGGGAGACGCUGCCGCUGCCGUGGACGGCGGUGGAUCCGAGCAAGGACUUGUGCCUGCAGGUCCGCCCCAUGCUCGGCCCAAGCCCCGACGUUCCGGCGCACCGGUGGGCGGAACCGGCAGAGGAGGCAGAAGCGGAAGACGAUUCCCCGCUCCCUCUGCGGCCUCUAUCCACCACAAGCGGCGGGCCGCGGCACCAUAAGCGGGUGGCGCCGUCGGAGUUUGUGCUGCGAGAGUUGAGCCCCACGACGCAGAUUCUGGAGAGCGAUGAGAUCACGGGGAGGGCCGCGAAAGUGCCGGGCAAGGUGUGGCUUUGCAUGACGGUGCGCGCGGACAAGCUGCAGCGGCAGACGCCGGGGCGAGACCCCGUGAACGACUGGAAGCUGCGCGUCAGCCCCGUCAUCAGCCUGGAGAACGACCUCCCCGAGGGGGGCCAAUUCACGGUGUACGAGAAGCCCCCCAGGGCUUCUUUGGAGCCCCGACAGAGCGGCGAAGUGGACAGCGGAAAGCAAGUCGGGAUUCUCGCUGCGGACGUCCGGCGCCCGGUGUUCCUCAAGUGGGAGUUCGACGGCUGGCAGAUGGAUAAGGACUCGGUCCUCAUCUCUCAUCCCGACAAGUCCCCUGAAAGGGUCCUCUCCUUGACGCAUCUAGACACAAAUAGGCACCUCCGGUUGGGGCUCGACUUCCAACCGAGCGACGGCGAGCUCCCCCGGUUGAUCCGGCUGUACGCGCCUUUCUGGCUGCAAGUGCGCCCGGGGCUCAAACUAUCCAUCCAGGUUGUCAAAGUCAGCGGCACUGUGGCCGCGGGAAAGGGCCGCGACCACUGGAUCGGGCAGGCCAUCGCCCGGGUGAACAUCGCCAAGCGGAUCGCCGAGCGGAAGGAGAACAAGCAGCAGGCGAAACAGAACCAGGUUGCCCCGGCCGACGUGGUGUCUUUCUCGCGGGUGGCCAAGGUGCUGGAAGACCUGGGCGACGUGGCGCCGUCCGAGCCCGUGCUGCUGUCCCGCGCUGCGGACGACAAGGCGGGACUGUGCGUCCGCAUGGCAGGCUCGGACGCGGACUACGGACCCGCGCUAGCGCUCGCAGAAUUGGAGGAGCAUGCGGCGGACCGCGUGGAGAUGAUGGCCCGCGGCAGCGACGGCUCGUACAUGAACGUCAUGGUGGGCAUCGAGAGCUGCCCGCUCAAGAUCGAGACGACCAGGGUCAUCAUGUUGCAGCCGCACACGCUCCUCUCGAACCAAUACGGCGAUACGAUCACGUUCCGGCAAGAGGGGACUGACAAGGAGCUUAAGCUAGACGUCGAGGCCGCCGCCGUGCCGCUGAUUUGGACGUCAACAGAACAUCCCGAGCGGAUGGAGGUCCGGGUAGGCGACCUUCCCUGGAGUCGCCCCUUCCGCACUGACGAAGACGGCACGCUCACGGUUCUCAUGGGCGACCUGACCCACCCCCUGCUGCCGCGCCUUCUGCGCAUCGAGAUCCGCACUGUCUUAGAAGAAGCGCGUUUCCUGGUCACUUUCCGUCGCCCCCCGAUUCACCCCCCCUACCGCCUCGAGAACCGCUCGGGGAAUUGCGUUCUGGAGUAUCGUCAAGGGGGGUUGCCUGAUGAGGCGCAAUGGGCCGCGCUGGACCCCCACUCGGCGGCGGCGUUCGUUUGGCAAGAUAAGGUGCAGGAGGAGAAGCGACUGGAGGUGCGGGCGCGCGUGGGGGGAGUACUGGGCGAGCCGCAGAGCUAUGACCUGGAGCGGCUUGGGAGGCUGGACAGCCUGCCAGUGCCAGGCAGUGGCACCGCCGGCGGUCCGCCCCAGCUGGAAGCGUUCCUCUACGUGGAAGGCCCGGAGCGUGUGCUGCGCUUUGUUGUCCCGGAAGGCGACCGCCAGGUGGUGACCCGCAACAGCGGCGCCGGGAAAGUAGGCGAGCUGGCCUCCGACUGGGUGGGGGCCACGCCGGAGGACUCGCUCGGAACCUCGCAGGCGAGCGCCCACUUGCUUGACGUCAGCGUGGACGUCCCGGAGCUGGGCCUGUCCGUGAUCGACCACGUGCCCCAGGAGCUGCUGUACUGCCACGUGGCAAGCCUGCAGCUGGGCUAUACCACAGGGCUCGGGAAGGGCGUUACACGCACGCGGCUGCAGCUGCGCCACUUCCAGGUCGACAACCAGUUGCCCUGGUCGCCUCUUCCGGUCCUCCUCGCCCCGGAGCCGGAGGACGCACACUCGGGCACUCCCCCCAGUUGGGUCCUCCAAGUAACCAUCAUCUCCAAAGAAGAGCCCGGCCACACCGCGCAAGAGUACCCCUACAUCGGUCUCCACACCCCCGACAUCGCCUGGAACAUCGCCAUCCACGAACCGAUCGUCUGGCGGCUGCUCGACUUCUACGAGAAGCUAGGGCUGGACCGCCUGGGGGGAUCCCCCGAGCCCGGCCAGCAGCAGGCGGCGACCGUUGAUCCGUACAUUGGGGUUCAUCUGCUCGACUUUAGUGAGCACCGGUUGAAGCUGACGACCGAAAUGGCGCCCGGACAGCGUCCCCCGGGCGCGCUCGGCGUGUGGGGCCCGCUGCUGACGGCGCUCGGGAACACGAACGCGAUGCACCUGGUGUUCCACGCGGUCGUCCGGGAGAACUUGUUCAUGCGCCGCUCCGAGUUCGUGAACGCCAUGAUCGCCCACGUGGCGCGGGACCUUCUCUCCCAGCCCCUUCGUCUCCUCACCGGCGUUGACGUUCUGGGCAACACCAGCAGCACGCUCGGUCAGGCGGGCCGCAUCCUUGCGGACGCUUCCAUGGACCGCGUCUUCGUCCGGCGCCGCAACCGGGCGGAGCGCAUGAGCAACGUGGAAGGCUUGGGGUCCGGUAUUAAGGAAGGCGCGCGCGCACUUGGGCGAGCGCUGGCCCGGGGCAUCUACGGCACCGUCGCGAGGCCGGUCCAGGGCGCGUCCCGCGACGGUUUGGAGGGCUUCAGCCAGGGCUGCCUGCAGGGCUUCGUGGGCUGUCUCCUGCUGCCCGCGUCCGGAUGUCUUGACUUAGCGUCCAAAACCACGGACGGCAUCGAUACGACUUGGGUCAAGCUCCUGAGCGGGAACAAGGGCAAACAGCGCGUGCGGCUGCCACGUGCCUUCACGGCGGACGGGGUGCUGCGGCCGUACGACGAGGAGCAGGCACGGGGCCAGGCGGUCCUCCACGCGGUCCAGUUGAAGCACAAGGUGGCCCUCACCGACUUCUACGAGGCCCACUUUUGGCUGGUCAAGCAGCGGACGCUGAUCCUCACCAACCACCGGAUGCUGCUGGUACAGGGCGACACCGUUCUGUGGACCGUCACCUGGGACGAGUACCUGGCGCUUGAGCUGGCUGACGUCGGCCCGGACGUCAGCACCAGGCCGCCUCGGGUGAUCGUCCACCUGCGGCAUUGGCAGCACGCGCGGUCGGUCUUCGAAAGGAAGGCGCUCAUGCGGAGCAUCCGGUGCCAGCCUGGCACCUCCCAGGCCCGCCACGUGUACGCUGCGAUAAAGAGGGCGCAUGCCAAAUUUGGGCCGCAGGAGAAGGAAGCCGUAACGGGGAUCGGGCUCACGCACCGCCGCCGUCCUCUUUACCGCGCCGGCAAGUCGGGCCUGCGCAUGAUCCCCGACCUGGACAAGGAGGAGCCGCGCCGCGCGCCGCUGGAAAUCACGGCGGGUCCGUCGGAGAGUGCCACGAAGACCCCUGUCGAGCACUUCGAGCUCAUUUGGUGGAACAAAGACGCCCAGGAGGCAGGCGCGGCGCUGGGAUGCCUCCCCUGCUGCAGCGGCCCGCAACCGCUCUCCCACAACGCCGGGCCGGUGGCCAUCUGGCGACCCGUGCCUCCCCCCGGAUAUGUCACGCUGGGCAACGUUCUGACUCGUGACUUCGACCCCCCGGGCUCGGUUCCCGCCUACCGGGACGAUCACGGCCGGGAGACGCCCCUCUUUGCUGCUCCGACCGAAUAUGACCUGAUCUACCGUGACGUCGGGACUCCCGGCUACACCCCGCUCACCCUGUGGGCGCCUCGGGCGCCGGAGGGAUACGUCCCUGGAGGCCACGUGGCGGUUGCCGGUUGGGAGGAACCGCCAAGGGACUUCGCCACGUGUAUCCACAGCGAAGCGGCCGAACCGGUCUCUGUCAACGGAAGCAAUCCGAUAUGGCAGCCGAGCCGCGAGCUGGCGUCCCUAUGGCCGUGCAAUGUGUGGGGAACCGACAGCCCAGGAAACACCUUCAUCGCCCACAGAGGGCAAGACCCUCCGCCACCCGCGCGCUUAUAUAAGCUUCGAGAGUGACUUCGGUACCUAAGUUGGCAAAGACGUAUGCACAAAUGCUGCGCAUACCAGAGUCCGCCAUAGGAGGCCAUAUAUGAAAGAAUCCGCCAGUGCAGCUCGCGUGAAAUGGCUUUAUAGAUUUUGAUGCACUAGGCUUUUUACAGAGACAAUUGCACUUUCAAUGUCCGAGCGCCGAUAGAAGUUAUCUUACAAGUAUGUGGAUGCUUAAAGCUAAUCAUCU